AUGUGUGGCACACUGAACGGCUGGGGUUACCUCUGGGUUUUCGUCUCGAUCGCCUUUGCCGUCGGCACGAGCAUGUCCUUCUUCUACACCGCCUGGCUCACCGGCCCGGCGCUCGUCAACGGCACAAAUGACGCGAGCAAACUCAAGUAUUUCUCCGACUACGUCGACUGGAACAAAUACAAAGACGUCGAGUUCUCGUUCUCGACGUUCCGUCGCUGCAACUACUGGUCGGUGGCGGAAAGCAAGACGAAAGUGUUUACCGUCAAUAAUUACAGUGUCGUCGAGGAGUGCGGACGCUAUCGGGAUUUCUCCGGGCCGUUGGGCAUUCCGUCGGUGUCUUGGCAAGUGUGCACUCUGAUGGCUGGGUCUGCGACAGCGGUGCUCAUUCUGGUUGCGUUGGUGGGAUUGUUGGCCGUGUGCGUGAACGGCGUGUUCGGCAACCGAUGCAUCGCCGUCUGCACGGCGCUGGUGCAGUUCGCGUGCGGUCUUGCUCUGGUUGGUACAGUGCUACUCUUUCCCGUUGGUUGGGAUGCCGAGCGACUUCGUAUGGAGGCGUGUGGAUGGGAUGCUGGCAAGUAUCAGAUUGGUAGGUGCUCUCUCGGAUGGUGCUACUACGUCACACUUUGCUGUGCAAUCGGUGUUAUGGUGACCGCCAUCAUUUCACCAGCCAAAUGCGGAGAGAGCAGCGACGACGACGAUCCUCUUCCUGCUUACAUGAUAUGA